AUGAAUCCUGCUCUGCCACCUGGCUACAGCUAUACCGGCCUCCCCUACUACACAGGCGUGCCCAGUGCCUUCCAGUAUGGGCCCACUAUGUUUGUCCCUCCAACCUCAGCGAAGCAGCACGGUGUGACCCUCAGCACUCCCCCGGCCCCUUUCCAGCAGGCCAGUGGCUAUGGGCAGCACACUUACAGCACAGGUUAUGAUGAUUUGACCCAGGGGACAGCGGCAGGAGACUACACCAAGGGUGGCUAUGGUGGAUCCUCUCAGGCACCAAACAAGUCGACUGGUUCUGGGCCUGGCAAAGGAGUAUCAGUAUCUUCAGGCACUGGCUUACCUGAUAUGACUGGGUCUGUCUACAACAAGACACAGACUUUUGACAAGCAGGGAUUUCAUGCAGGGACUCCGACACCUUUCAGCCUGCCUUCGGCCUUGGGCUCCACUGGGCCCCUGGCCCCUGGAGCGGCCCCUGGCUAUGCACCUGCCCCAUUCUUGCACAUCAUGCCGGCCCACCAGCAGCCCCACUCACAGCUGCUGCACCACCACCUACCGCAGGAUGCCCCGAGUGGCUCUGGUCAGCGCAGCCAGCCCAGCUCCCUGCAGCCCAAGUCUCAAGCCUCCAAACCCACCUACGGCAACUCUCCAUACUGGACAAACUAGACCCUGAAAGGAGAGGGUGGGCUCUUGGGCAGGGUAUACUCUGGGUAGGAGA